GCGCACUUAAUAUUUAUAAUUUUAGCGAAUAAAACACAAUAAAGUGAUUUUAAGCAGUAUUGCGUGUUUAUUGUGGAAAUGGAUCAAAUAAAAGGCUUAAUUAAGUCUUACGAAGACUGGGUGGCUAAAAACCCAAAUGUAAUUGGCGAUUUUGAGACGACAGCCAAGUGGGUGUCUUAUUUUAUAGCAGGCCGUAUUUCAAACUCCAAUGUAUUAUCCGAACUGGUUUACACGCUCUCCAAUAUUUUGGUAUUCUACAAUGACCAGAUUAUCAAGCGGGCACGUGGCGCCUGUGAAAGUGCGGUGCUCCAAAAGCAGUCUGGCCUUUGCUAUCGUCUAAAGGUCACACUGACGACGCUCGAAUACAGCGAAGUCUUUAUCGAGAUAUCAGCACGCCGCCUAUUCGGGCAGAGGGGCAAAUGGCUGAUUAUCGGGCUAAUACAACUCUUCAAGGCUGCUGGACGUUUGUUUAUACUAAAGCAUUCCACGAGCGAUAUUAUAUCAUCCCCGCCUAUACAAGCGUUAAAUCGACGUGCGCUUAGCAAACAAAGCCAAACAGCAGAACCCGAAGCUGAAAACUUGACACAAGCUGAGCAUUCCAUAACAUUUAAGCUCAAACGCUCUGGGCGACUUAUACGUAAGGUAGAGGGUGCGCCGCCCAUGCAAUAUAGGGACUUCAAUCUACAUGUGGAUAACGCUGAAGCGGCCAAGACACAGAUACCUCGAGAGUUAAUGCAGGCUGAAUAUUUGUAUAUUGCCAAACCACUCAUACAUUUGGCUUCCAUGGGAUUGUUUGGCCAACGUAGCUGGAAACAAUACAUGAUAGCCCUAUCCAUUGAUCUGUACAGCGUGCAUCUAUAUCGGCAGCAGCGCCACUUGAUGUCCAAGCAACAAAAAUUGGAGCUCAGUCGACGCAGCGUUAAUCUAAUUUAUUAUCUAGUGCGUUCGCCUUUCUACGAUAACUACAGCAAGUCGCGCAUUGAAAGAAUAUUGGGCUUUGUGGCAGACCAUGUGCCUAUUGCCAAAGUGAUAGCGGCGCCACUCAGGGAUUACGUACCAACGUGGCAGAGCACGUAUUUCUACUUGUGGUCUACCUAGGUGUUUCCAUUCUGUAUUCCAUUCUAGGCUAAGUUCUAAAGUCAUUUGGGUGUGAUCUAAUAUUUAUGCUUCUGUUCUGUUUGCAUGCAGAAUAAAGCAACAUGUGUUGUGUGUGUUUGUAUGGCUUUUCAUUUUUUAAAUUAUAUUUGGAACAAUAUUUGUACACAUACAUUAAA